CAUCCACAUUACUUCAUGCUCGCGUUGGCAUGCUCCUGGUUGCAAGUGACUCAACUAAAUUCCGAGUACUUACAGUCUUGCGUUAGCUCCAGUUGCAAGUCUCACGUGCACGCACAGCUAAUUUGUGAAAACUCUCAUCAAUAUUUGCGCAGAAUCUUAGAUGACAAAGCAACCUAGAAUCGAGGUUGUUUGAUUUACCAUUCCAUUGUAUUUUUUCGCUGUGAACUGACACAUGUUGGACACAAGACAAACGUAAGAACGUAUGUUCAAGCCGUCAUUCCAAAAUUGCCUUCACGUCUGGUGAGCCAUCAGGAUCUGUAGCAGCUGGAGUGCGUAAGACUUGCACCUGCUCUACGUGUACAUGUCGGACUUGUCGAGUUUGAGGACGGCAUGUGCAGACCACACGCAGCUGAACUCUGGCUUGUGUCCACAUCCGCUUGCUUGCUUAAGUUUCGAGUGACGAAGGAGAAACAAGAAGUGCAGACGUAGGAAUCGUAGUCAUGAAUUAAAAAUUAGGGUUUCCUCUUCUUCUCUCUGAAGGUUUUGUGUGUCGGAGAGAUUUAGCGAGCCACGUUUUGUAGAGAAGCUCUGAGGGGGGGCCAGUGAUGGGCUCCCUUUGGUAGUAUCCGGUGGCGUCGGUGGUGCUGCAAGCCGUGGGUCCACCGAAGAAUGUGAACGUCUUUGUGCGACCCAAGUCGGUGGGCCCUUCGCUGCUCCUCCUGGUCGGGUGCUAUUUCAGUUGUAAAUGCUGCAGUCGAAGCUAUGAACGAGGGUCUUCCAGGGCUGGAAGUGGGUGUGCAUUACGAUACCAUCAACCUACGCACGGACAUCCCUGAAAAUUUUCUAUCUGAAGAAGAUGGUUCCAAGCAAUGGAGGGUUGGGAUAUUGCACAAUGUCGAGGUUGGAAGCUUUAGUGAGCCUUCACUUUUAAUUGGAGUUGUAAUGGCAUUUACAAACUCCCCGAGGUAUGGAGAUACUGAUCGCAAAUGGAAGGGUACAAUGUUUUUGUUGAUAGAAUUGAAGCAUUUGACUGUGAUCAACGGCAAAACUGAUUGUCAAGCUGCUGUUGUACAGUUUCUACGGGCUUGCACUGCUGUUAAGUCUGAAACACUGCCCUCAACGCAGUGAAAUUCCAUCAGUCAGCUGUACGAGGUUAAGUAGAAGAGCGUAAUCAAUGAGGUUUAAGAUAAUAGUUCGUCCAACUUGUACCAGGUUAUCACAAACCGUGAAGGAAAACAGUUUGUCUCAUCUCUGAACUAUUGUGUAGUCCCUUUAAAUACUAAAAACCCUUUUCCAUUUGGGCUCACAACCUCCAGAAA